UCAGAGAAGACACCUAACUUUUCAAGAACAAAGCUAAGAUUGAUCUGAUCAACACCCCACAAAGUACACCAACACAAAAAGGAUGGGCAGAGCUCCAUGCUGUGAUAAAGCUAGCGUGAAGAAGGGUCCAUGGUCUCCUGAAGAAGAUGCUAAACUAAAAGCUUAUAUUGAGAAGCAUGGCACUGGUGGCAAUUGGAUUGCUCUUCCUCAGAAAAUUGGGUUAAAGAGAUGUGGGAAGAGUUGCAGGCUAAGAUGGUUGAAUUAUUUGAGGCCUAAUAUAAAGCAUGGUGGUUUCACUGAAGAAGAAGACAACAUCAUCUGUAGCCUCUACAUUAGUAUUGGCAGCAGGUGGUCUAUAAUAGCUGCACAAUUGCCGGGAAGAACGGAUAACGACAUCAAGAACUACUGGAACACAAGGCUGAAGAAGAAGCUGCUGGGAAAGCGAAAACAGUCACAGAUGAACAGAUUACUGCUAGCAGGCCAUCAAGAAUCUGAUAAUAAGCAAACAAAUGGAGGAGUUACUGAAGAGAACCCAUUCCUGCAAAACCUAAGCAACUCAGCUCUCGAAAGGCUCCAACUCCACAUGCAACUUCAAGGCCUUCAAAACCCUUUUUCUCUCUACAAUAAUAAUAACCCUAACAACCCACCCCCCAUUUGGCCCAACAAAAUCACCCCCACCCCCUUUCAACCCAAAAUAGCUGAUGAUGAGCCAAUAAUGACCUCCAAUCUCGACAUCCCAGAGUACAGCAAGAUGAAUGAACUGGAAAAUUGCAUGAAUAAUAAUUCUGGGUCGAGUUUGGGGCAGGAGAAUAAUAAUAAUAAUAAUAAUAAUAAUUCUGGGGAAAUUCAGACUAUUCCAGGGUUUACCCAGUCUGAGAUUGACAGUCUUCUAAUCAAUGGCGGUGAGAAUCAUCAGAUUUCAGAUUUUGAUUGUUUUAAACAGAUGGAGGGAUCGAAGGAGAGGUUGGAAUGGUGGAACACUGAGUUUGAUACAAAUUCUGAGAUUGAGAAUCUUCUCAUCAAUGGCGGUGGGACGGUACUGCUUCCUCAUCCUCAUCAGUCUCAUCAGGAGGGAAUAAUGUAUGAAGAAGACUAUGCAUCACUAGGGUAUAAUAUGUAGUGUAUAUAUGUAUGUGAGGUUAAUUACUUAUCAUUGGAUGUUAAGGAGCUGAUCAUUUCUGUUGUAAAUUGUGUGAAUAAUGUUUAUCAUUUUUCAUUGCAAAAUAAUUCUAUAC